AUGACCGUUGUAUUUCUAGAUGUUAGCUUGGGACCUAAACCUCUCGGGCGUGUGAAAAUUGAGCUUUAUGCCGACCAGCUUCCAAAAACGACUGAAAAUUUCCGUCAAUUGUGCACAGGUGAAUACAGAGAACUCGGAAGGCCUAUAGGAUACAAAAAUAGUCGAUUUCAUCGUGUUGUACCUGGAUUCAUGAUACAAGGGGGAGAUUUCGUGAGGGGAAACGGGACUGGAAGCAAGACAAUUUAUGGAGUGGAUUCGUUUGAGGAUGAGGGUUUCAUGUUCAAGAAUGAGCCGAUGACCAUAGCUAUGGCAAACUCAGGCCCUAAUACCAAUGGAUGUCAGUUUUUUAUCAAUCUGGCUCACAAUAGUUUUCUCGAUGGUAAGCAUGUGGUUUUCGGGCGUGUUGUUGAGGGUGAGGAAAUCAUUAGGACAAUUGAGCGUGUGACCGUUGACAAUGAACGUCCUGUGAUUGAUAUCAAUAUUUCUAAUUGUGGAGAAAUGUGA